CAUGUUAGGUAUAGCUAACUUCACCCGAGUGUAAUCUGGGUUCUUUGCAGAACAGCCCAAGUGCAUAAUAACACAGUGAUUUGAAGAUUUUUAUUCAGGUUCAGUUAGUUACACGCGUUGACUUUAUAUUCAGUGUACAUGUGAUCAUUUAUGUGCCGCAAAUUAAGUCAACUUUGUUCAAUAUAACUAGCAGAUAUGCAAAGUUAAAGCUACCUCGCUAUAUUUGUGACACGUUGCUCGUGUGGUCUAGCUAGUUAAUUGUUAGCUAGUAACGCCCAAGGUAGCCUAGUUAGUCAUCUACAGUAGUUCUAUACUAUACUAUAGUAGCACUAUAACCGUAGUUAUAGUAUAGUUAUAGCUAUUUGUCGCCGGUUAGCUAAGCUGCACUUUUGGUCGCUGUUAAAUGCUGCAUCAUAUGCAGACAUGGCAUGUCCAGAGGAGGCAGAGGCUCAACUAGCAGAAAUAGAACUUAUGAGAAGUAUGUUCCCAAGCGAAGACGAAUUUGUAUUUGACCAGCUUGCCCACGCAGAACUUGGAGCUUAUGUGGAAGGAACCAGCGACACUCCGCCAAGCACAAGACCGGAAUUCUCAAUCAAGCUGAAGGUAGACACCUCGACAAUUAAAGAGACUAACAUUACACUAUCUUGUACCUACCCAUUCAACUAUCCAAAAGUGUUGCCAGAGAUCGCCGUCAGGUGCACCGAGCUUAGCCGGGCGCAGCAGUCUCGCCUGGUCGCGCGUUUGACCUCCUACCUGCGCGAGAGCUGCAGCGGAGACGUGUGCGCGCUCUCUGCCGUGGAGUGGCUUAAAGAUCACGCGCUCGAGUACCUCAGCAAGAGUGCCACCUGUAACGCCUCCGAGAAAGAAACGGCCGCUGCACCGACAAAGGAAACCUUCACCAGGCUCUGGAUCUACAGCCAUCACAUUUACAAUAAGAGCAAGAGAAAGAACAUUCUGGAAUGGGCUAAGGAGAUGAAGCUGUCCGGCUUUUGUAUGCCGGGAAAGCCAGGCAUUGUGUGUGUGGAGGGGCUGCAUCCUGCCUGUGAGGCGUUCUGGGCCAGGGUGAAAGUUUUGACCUGGAAGAGGAUCAUGAUUCGACACAGAGAGGAUGUUCCCCUGGACCCGGCUGUCGCCGGCAGCAGUGAGACUGAAAAAGUGGACUCGCUUCGAAGGUUCGCCGGCUUCGAGGAAGCCAUUUUUGACCCUCAUGGAAACAGGGGCAAUCAUAUGGACCUUGGGCAGCUCUUCCAGUUCCUCAGUGACAGGGGGUGUGGUGAAAUCUUCCAGCUGUACUUUGGGGUUGAAGGGAGAUAGGAGUUCAAAAUUGCAUGUGUAUGUCUCCAAAUUGCAUGUGUAUGUAUGUACAUGUGUAUGUGCAGCCUGAUUUCAGAUUAACACACCUCAUUGUGUGUUAAACAAUUGGUUCUUAUCAUUGCGUUAAGUACAAAUUUAACACAUUUCAUUUUAGGAGAUUAAUUUUGCAGUAACAUUCUAUGAUCAGGAAUUUUUUUAACUUUGAUUCUAUGCAUUAUUUCCGUUUAAUAUGGAAUAAACAUUUCUGAAUAA